AUGGAUGACGACGAUGUGGAAGAUGAACCUGGGACGAAAUUGCCAGCAGCGGAGGAUCAGAUUGAAGCACCGUCCAAGGAUAUCUCUGCAAUUGAGGAAUCGUCUAGUCCUGUCGAAGGUCUAGUUACUCAAGCUUAUAUGCAGAAAGGAGUGUUUUUUCUCCUGAUCAUGCUGGUUGUUGUGGUCAUAGUUAAGAGACGCAGAACCCCAUCCCAGAAGUUGGACGAUAAAAGCAUGGCGUAA